CAGCACCCCACCAGCAUUACCAAAACCACGCGCUCGAGCUAUUGAUUGAGUUGCAGGCAGGCAGUUGCAACUAUAUAUGGCUCGCCCUGCAGUAGUAGGCCAGCAGCUGGCGGCGCUGCUGCUGCUGCUGCUGAUGGCGGCGCCGUCGGUGACCAACGCCGGCGUGACGUGCGGGCAGGUGCUGAAUUACUUGACCCCGUGCAUCAGCUACGCCAUGGGGCGGGGCAGCGAGCCCCCGGCGGCCUGCUGCUCCGGCGUGAGCAACCUGAACGCGGCCGCCAACAACACCGCCGACCGGCAGGCCACCUGCAAGUGCCUGAAGCAGAUCACCAGCACCAUGCCGGCGCUCAAGCCCGACAUCGUCGCGGGCAUCCCCAGCAAGUGCGGCGUCGACAUCCCAUACCCAAUCGCACGCUCAACAGACUGCUCCAAGGUGCAGUAAUUAAUUAAGAAGCAGAAAGUAAUUAAGGAGCAUGGAGCUAGCAAAAUAAGAUCAAUCCAUCAUCGACCUGUGUGUUUGUACAUGAUCGAUAUCUUUGCCUCAUCUUACCUACCUGCAGCUACUUGCUGUUGCUAUUUGUAUGUAUAUAUCGUGAGGGUUACUAAUAACAGACCCGAUAUAUGCUAUAUAUAGCAUGCAAGGACCAUGUACUUCAAACAUACCAGCAAUCAACCACAGGUCUUCUGAGCAGCAACA